AUGACUUCCACACACUCUACUGGCGACUCAGAGCCGAAUCAAGACCACUCAGUCAUAAACGUCUCGACCGUCCCGACGACUCCAACCAGAAGCAGAUCAUGCAGUCCCUCCCUCGACGCGAGUACCGACCCCGACAGCGUCCUGAGUAACAGCAAGCUGGAAGACAGUGACAACGAAUCGAUUCGACCCAAACCCGUCCGCAAUGUCUGCUUCGUCGGCGCGGGAUAUGUCGGUGGACCUACGGCCGCGGUCAUCGCGCAUCAGAAUCCCUCCAUCAACGUGACAGUCGUCGAUAAGGAUCAACGACGCAUUCGACGGUGGAACUCGCGCCAUCUCCCGAUUUACGAGCCCGGUUUGGCGGAUAUUGUGCGCGUCGCCAGAGAUGGGCUGCUGCCCUUCGGGAAGGAGGAUGAGCAGCUAUCUGCGCGCAAGCCGAAUUUGUUCUUUUCUUCGGAUGUCUCGAAGUCGAUCGCUGAGUCCGAUAUUGUUCUGAUUGCGGUCAAUACGCCGACGAAGACUCGUGGUGCUGGCUCGGGUCGCGCUACUGAUAUGACGAGCUUUGAGGCCGUGGCUGCUGAGGUCGUGCGCCAUGCGAAGCCGGGGACGAUCAUUGUUGAAAAGAGUACUGUUCCCUGCCGGACGGCGGAGAUGAUCCAAGAAAUGAUCCGAAUCCAAAGACCAGGCACGCACUUUGAGAUCUUGUCGAACCCCGAAUUCCUCGCUGCAGGAACAGCCGUGCAGGAUCUGCUGAAUCCCGAUCGUAUCAUCAUUGGAUCCGCGCCUACUCCCGAGGGACGCACGGCUGGCGAAACCCUGGCUGGCGUGUAUGCCUCGUGGAUCGACCGCUCGCGCAUCCUCACCACCAACGUCUGGUCUUCGGAGUUGGCGAAGCUGGUCGCGAACUCCAUGCUUGCGCAGCGACUGAGCAGUAUUAACAGUAUUUCGGCGAUUUGUGAGGCGACUGGCGCCGAAGUGAAGGAGGUUUCGGCUGCUAUUGGACGUGAUGCCCGACUGGGUGAUAAGUUCCUGAGGGCUGGUAUUGGUUUUGGUGGAUCUUGUUUUGCCAAGGAUAUAAACUCGCUCGCCUACAUUGCCGAGUCCCUUGGUCUGCAUGAAGUCGCAGAGUACUGGAGACAAGUCCUCAAGAUCAACAACUACCAGCGAGACCGCUUUGCUGCGCGGGUUAUUCAGCGAUUGAGAAAUACCCUCGUCACAAAGAAAGUCACGGUCCUCGGCUAUGCCUUCAAGAAAAACACCUCCGACACCCGGGAAGCACCCGCUCUUGAAAUUAUCAAAACACUCCUGGACGAGAAUCCGCGAGAAAUCGCCGUCUACGAUCCCUGCUGCAACCCCUAUGUCAUCGAGAACGAGAUCCGCUCUCUGCAAAACCACGGCUCACCCGCCCUGAAUGAGGACGGCGGUCCGGUAAUGGUGUACUCAGACGCCUACGAAGCGUGCGCCGGCGCAAAUGCCAUCAUUAUUGUGACUGACUUCGACGAGUUUCGGAACGAGCCUAUUGCUGCAGUGGUGAAGGGGUCUGCAGAAACUCAAACAUCGGAAAUCCAAAAUCGCUUCAACGUCGAGCCUGAAUGCGCCGCUGACUGUCCUGACUGCCAUACCACUUACGGUGAGAGUACCGACCAUACAUACACGGCUAAGGAACAGCUUGAUUGGAGCAGGAUUUCUACAGAUAUGACGUCCCCCAAGUGGCUGUUUGAUGGGCGGUGCAUUAUCGAUGCGUCUAAGAUGUCGAAGUUGGGUAUUCGGGUUGAGAGUAUUGGUUCCGCUGGGCUUGGCGUUUAG